AUGAACUUAGUUCGUCCAGUUCCAAAAGACGUGACAAACAGCGUUGUUGAAUCGCCACGUCGGACACCACAAAAGUGUCAGCGACCAACUGAGUUAAUUUUGCGUCGCCCUGCUUCGGCAACUCCAUACCACGGCCGACGUCCUCCUGAAGUUUCUACUCCACCUCCAUCGGAGCAUAUUGAAUUUAAUCAACUUAAAGAAAUGCUUCUUAAAAAGAGUGGUGACCUUUGUUAUAAUUUUGAGAGAAUUACUGCAACUAAGGAUGACUUUAUUGAUGAGGGCCAGUUAGGUGCAGGAACUUGCGGAGUGGUUAAAAAAAUGCGGCACAAAGAAAGACGGGAUCUUGUUAUGGCUGUCAAACAAAUGCAUGUUUCGUCGACUUGUGCUGUGGAAAAUAAAAGAAUUAUGAUGGAUUUGGACGUUGUUACGAAAUGUGUUGGCUGCCCGAAUAUUGUAAAGUGUAUGGGAAUUUUCUUCUCUAUGUCUGAGGUAUGGAUUUGUAUGGAAGUUAUGUCAACCUCUCUUGAUAAACUUAUGCGGGACACCGUAGAACCCUUUCCAGAAUAUGUUCUUGGCAAAAUUGCUGUUUCGAUCGUAAAAGCAUUGGACUACCUCAAGAGAGAGCAUAAUAUGAUGCAUCGAGAUGUUAAACCAUCAAAUAUGCUCUUAAGCUCCAGCGGUGAUAUUAAAUUAUGCGAUUUUGGAAUCAGUGGGCAACUCAAGGAUUCCAUUGCGAAUUCGAAUCAGCUCGGCUGCAUUGGGUAUAUGGCGCCGGAGAGGCUCGAGAAAUUUAAAUAUGACGUUCGGGCUGAUAUAUGGUCCCUUGGAAUAUCGUUAGUCGAGCUUGCUCUCAAGUCUUUCCCGUACAAAGGUUCUCAAUUUGAAUUUGCUAUUCUCAGUAAAAUUAUUGAAGAGCCACCACCAAAACUUCCAAAUGAUGGACGCUAUUCUGCAGACUUUUGUUCCUUUGUGGACAAGUGGUAA